AUGAACAACCUUGCCGUCAAGAAUGGAUUGUUCCCGAAGUCCCUAUCGGCAAACGCGGGUCGAAGCGAAAUUGGUCGGGUAAAAGUUGCAUUGGCUCCCGGCAAGGGUUUCCUCGACUGGCUCAAAUUGACAACCGGCAAGGUUCUCGCAAAACGCCAACAUCCCGUUGAUCACAUUGAACUCGCGAAACAUGACAAAAUCAACGAUUGUUGGGUUCUUCUAUUCGGCGAUGUGUACGAUGUAACUCAAUACCUCGAUUUUCAUCCUGGAGGAGUUCCAGAGCUCAUGCGAGCAGCAGGAAGAGAUGCAACCUCACUUUUUAAUGAAACUCAUGCAUGGGUCAAUUAUCAAAGUAUGCUGAAAGCUUGCCGAGUUGGGCAAUUUAUAGGAGACGCUUCAAAACUGCCGGCAUGUCUGCCGCCGACAAAUCUCAAAGAUCCCAAUCUUCUCGGACCAUCAUCAUCGUUUUCGACGAUUUUCAAGGACAACACCUCGGAGUUAUUCGGCACCAAAAUUAUUCCGACUGAAAACGGGCUGAAAAUCAAAAAUGACGAAUGGCAGGAUUUGCGUUUGGAGAAUGUUGUCGUUUCUUUGGAAUCUCGAAAAAUUCAGACGGCCAUCACCACUUCUGGAGACGAAUUGAGCUCGGAAAUUCAAGUUCUUCGGAUUUUGGUCAAACAUUUCUGGAAAGCUGGAAUGGAAUUCGAGUUUGAAUCCUCGAAUUUAUUGAAAAACCAGAACUUCGAAGUUGACGCCUUCAAAAGCCAAGUUGAAGUGAAAUUUUUGAAUGUCACAUUCGAGCAAGAUUUUCGCGAAAUAUUCGAUGAGAAUAAGGUCAAAGUCACACGGAGUCCAGGAGUCUCGUAUCACAAAUGCGAAGUGAAUGCCAUUAAUCGGCUGAAUCAUAAUACGUUGGUUUAUUCGCUUCGAAUUCCGAAUAACAUUCAUUAUGGCAUUGCAAUGGGCCAUCAUGUUUCUGUGAAAGUCCGAAAAGGAAAUUCGGUUCUCUAUCGGCCAUACACUCCAAUUCGCGCUCAUUGUGGUCAUAAUGAUCCGAAACGAAUCGAUUUGAUGAUUAAGAUUUAUCCGGAUGGAGUUUGUACACCUUCUUUGGAGAAAUUAAAACCAGGAGAUUGCUUGGAGAUUAGUGAUCCAAUUGGAAACAAAAAAUUCGAGGAUUGGGUGAAAUAUGCGGAUGAGCUUUAUUUGAUUGCUGGUGGCACUGGAAUCACGCCAAUGGUUGAUAUUCUCGAUUUGAGGAAGGAAUGGAGAGGAAAAAAUUACACAUGUGCUCUGAUUUUCAACAAAACUCAAGACGACACUCCGACUGGCGAACAAGCGCAAGAAUUUGGAUGGAUUUUGUCGGAAUGGGCGAAAAAUUUUGAUGGAGAUGAGCAAUUUCAGAUUUUGAACAUUUUGAGUGAAACGCCUUUAAAGGAAUCUGAAUCUUAUCAUACGGGAAGAGUAAGCAGUGAAUUGAUUCGAAAUGUUGCCAGGAUUCCGGAUUGCACUAAUUCGAGAAGAAAAGCGUUCAUUUGUGGGCCUGAUGGAUUUAUGAUUGAGGCGAAAAGAGCUCUUGAGAACUUGGGGCUUACUGCCGAUGACAUUCAUAUUUUCCAAGGAUAA